GGUAAGGCGGGACCAAUGAGCGGGUCGGACGCGCGCACGCCCAUUGAACCCCUUCUCGCGCCUGUCAGUUUCGGUCUGGACCGAAGACCAGCUAUGGAAAAAUGGAGCUUAAUCACAAUUACUGUGUUACUUGGACUUAUUGUUCGAUGGACUGUAUCACUUGGUCCUUAUUCAGGUGCAGGAAAAGCACCUAUGUAUGGAGACUAUGAAGCUCAAAGACAUUGGCAAGAAAUUACUUAUAAUCUGCCAGUCAAAUACUGGUACUUUAACACCAGUGACAAUAAUUUACAAUAUUGGGGCCUUGACUAUCCACCUCUUACUGCUUAUCACAGUCUUCUGUGUGCUUAUGUGGCAAAGUUAAUAAAUCCCAGUUGGAUUAUUCUACACACAUCUCAUGGGUAUGAGAGUCAGUCACACAAGUUAUUUAUGCGUGCAUCAGUUCUUGUUGCUGAUAUGCUAGUUUAUAUUCCUGCAGUAAUCUUAUAUUGCUGUUAUUUAAAAGAGACAUCGGUAAAAAAGAAGAUUUCUAGUGCUCUCUGCACAUUGCUUUAUCCAGGUCUCAUUCUGAUUGACUAUGGACAUUUUCAAACCAACAUAUAUAAUUCUGUGAGUCUUGGUCUUGCUUUGUGGGGAGUCCUGUUUCUCUCUUAUGACUUUGACCUCUUGGGCUCCGUAGCAUUUUGUUUUGCUAUAAACUACAAACAAAUGGAGCUCUACCAUGCUUUGCCCUUCUUCUGCUACCUGCUGGGAAAGUGCUUCAAGAAAGGCCUGAUGGGCAAAGGAUUAUGGUUGUUGAUGAAACUGUCUUUUAUUGUCACUUUUUCUUUUGCGAUCUGCUGGCUCCCAUUUUGUACAGACAUUGGACAAAUUUUGCAAGUGCUCAGAAGACUCUUUCCAGUAGAUCGAGGUUUGUUUGAGGAUAAAGUAGCCAAUAUUUGGUGCGCUGUAAGCAUUCUUUUCAAAAUAAAGACAAUCCUGACAAGAGAAACACAACUUAAAUUAAGUUUUGCUUUAACAUUCCUGACUGUACUUCCCAGUUGCAUAAAACUGACUCUGCAACCUUCGCUCAGAGGAUUUAAAUAUAGCUUGGUUUGCUGUUCAUUGUCUUUCUUCCUCUUCUCAUUCCAAGUGCAUGAAAAAUCUGUUCUUCUUGUUUCAGUACCAGUCUGCUUAGUUAUACAUGAAAUUCCUUUUAUAUCUACAUGGUUUCUUCUAGUUUCAACUUUCAGCAUGCUUCCUCUUCUAUUAAAGGAUGGCCUUCUUUUGUCUUACACUGUCACAAUGUUGGCUUUCCUCCUGGUGUGUACAACUUCUUUUUCAAUAUUUGAAAAAACAUCUGAAGAAGAUCUGCAGUUAAAAAAACUUUCCAGUUACCUAAGGAAAUACUUUACUUGGUUUAAGACAUUUUCAAAAGUUAUGAAGAGUUCAUUUUUCAUCUCAAUAACUCUGAUGAGCAUCCUGACUUUAAUGAGUGCCAUGAUGGAACCUCCAAAGCAUCUACCAGAUUUAUUUCCAGUAGCUGUCUCUGUUGUAUCCUGCUUACACUUUCUCUUUUUCUUACUGUAUUUUAACAUCAUUGCAAUGUGGGAAUCAAAAGAUAGUCGAAACCAGAAAAAAAUAAAUUAAUUUCAAGUGCCGACUUGGAAAAUUAAUAGCUGUUACUUGGGACAUGCCAUUUAUGUUUCCAUAGACGUUUGCCUUAAAGCGUUCUAUAAUGGAAUGCAAUUCUUUUUGUCAUUUCAUGUAUUUUCUAAGAAAAGCCAGAUGAAAAUAUUUACAUGUUAAUAUGUGCUGUUCACAAGAGACUUGUGCUUACUGCUCUUUUCUGUGCAGUAAAAAAAGAAUCCUUGACACUUGACAGUAAGUUCAAAAUGAAUCCAGAAAAUAAGAAGCAUCUCAACAAUCUGUGCAAGUUUAUUUUAAACAGAUAUAAUACCCUAAUAAUUUAAUAAUGUUAUGAUUGAAUUGGUUUAAUGUACUUCCCAAAAUAAAACAUGUUGACGUUACUGAUUGUAUGUUACAGCAAUUACUCAUGUCUAUUGCUACUAAGUGCUAUCUCUUACAGUGUAUUUGAUUACACAUAAUAAAUUGCCUUAUACUAAAUUUCAAUAUCCUCUCUAUUAUAAGCUUAAAAUCAUCAUGGUCAAGUGUCAAGUGAUUCAGUAUCCGUUCAUCCUUUCCUGACAGUCUUAUUUCAGUAUUAACCUCAAUAAUAUCUGAAGGCCAUAACAAGAAUUACAGUGUAUAGCAGUGGUUAAUACUUUCCAUGUAUAUCAACAUGUAAACCUUAUAGUAUUGGGAGAUUUUCCCACAUAAACAUAUGAGUCAUUGUGUAAUUAGGGUUCAGAUAAUUGAUUUAGGAAUAGGGAAACCUGAGUUCUAGUCUUUUCAUAGGCAUGGAAGCUGGUUGUGUAAUUUUGGGCCAGCCAAGCUUUCUCUUCUGACUGGAAAGUUGAAAAACAAUCUACCAAUGUGCUGAACUAAAAGGCCUUCAUCCUUCAGUAGACUGAGAGAAAGAAAACCUCAGUGCAGCACUAAAACUAGAAUGCUUAAUAGAUCACUCAGAAAAGCUCAAAUCAUGUUGCAAAAUCAGGUUAUUUUGCAUAUUGUCUUGUAAGACACUUGCUUCUUCAUAAUGUGGUGGGCCGCGGUGUGGCUCAGGCUGUAAGAUAGCCUGUUAUUAAAACACAGCUGCCUGCAAUUACUGCAGGCUCGAGUCCCACCAGGCCCAAGGUUGACUCAGCCUUCCAUCCUUUAUAAGGUAGGUAAAAUGAGGACCCAGAUUGUUGGGGGGGGGGCAAUAAGUUGACUUUGUAUAUAAAUAUACAAAUAGAAUGAGACUAUUGCCUUACACAAUGUAAGCCGCCCUGAGUCUUCGGAGAAGGGCGGGAUAUAAAUGUAAAUAAAAAAAAAUGUGGCAAUUGAAGGCAAUUUUAUAAUACAAGGUCCUAACAAAAAAUAUUGUUUGUUUGAUUAGUCAGAUUUCCAUUCUGACCAAUGGAAGAUUUAAAAGUUUUGCUUUUCUGUUAUAUAUGAAUAUCCUCAAUAGAGAUGCAUGUAAACUUCUAAGUUCUGAAGUAAUGGGCAGGGUUCUCUUUGACAUCUACCAUAUGUAGUCAAAAUCCCUAGCAUUAAUGGUAAGUAAAAGUGAUCAGAUAACUGAUUUGGGGCUGGGUUGAAUUACAGUAAUGAUAAAUGCAUAUUUGCAUUGGUUCUUUUCCUUCCUGAAGGAUUAGUUUCAUUCAAAAGUGGUAGGAAAGAGAUUGUUGUGUAUAUGGGCAAGUAUUUUCAUGUAAUACUGAUUUUUACUGAUAUGUCAUAACCAUCCUCAGGCUGCACUGGCAUUUCAAGCAUUAUUCCAAAUACCGGAUAUAGAUUUAAACUUUUAUAUUAGAUAAAGUUUUUUAAAAUACAGACACAAUAGGUCUACUUUCCAUAGAUUUUUCUCUAGAUUCAGCUACCUACUAGAAAUACACGAAUGGAAAAAUGAUAUUCCAUUUUAACCUUACUAAAGCAUACCAAUUAAAUAGUACCAUUGAAUUUGAUAUCCUUCUGUUGCGCACAAAUUAGAUAUAAUUUGGGGGAUCUGUCAUAACUUUGAACAGUUGCAAAGUGACCAAUCAUAAGUCAAGGGCUACCUGUACUGGUGUCAUGGUUUUAUUCCCACGCAGUAAUUGGAGGUUAAGAGCAAGUGCUCAUUAGCAUAAAAAAAGCUUAGUAUUAUAGGCAUUGCUUCCUUUCUCCUUCUGAUGGCUUUCAGUACAGGGAGAGUUAUGAUACUCCUUUCAUAGAAAUAUAAAAAAUAUAUAGUAUCUGUGUUUAUUUACACAGCUAUUAUUGAAAAGGGGAAAGAACAUAAAACUGGUAAUUAUGAGGUUUUAGUAGUUGACAUUCUAUAGAGAAGUAAAUUCUACUAAAAUCAGCGAAACAAAUGUAAUUAAGAAAUUUAGAACUAGCUAUGUUGUGUACUAUUGAGUUAUAACUUGGU